AUGGCUUCUUCCAAACGCAAGGAUCCGGCUUCUGCAGCAGCAUCCCGGGUCUUUACACUAGAGGAAGAAGUCAGGAGCCUGACUGAGGAGCUGAGUCAGUGCCAGGCUGAUAAAGAAUUUGUGUGGUCUUUAUGGAAACGUCUCCAGGUCGCAAAUCCAGAUCUUACACAAGCAGUCAGUUUGGUUGUGGAAAGAGAAAAGCAGAAAGCUGAACUCAAGGACAGGAAGGUUUUAGAAAUUUUGCAAGUUAAAGACAGCAAAAUACAGGAAUUGGAACAGAGAACCUGUGGGCAGCAAGAGGAAAUAAACAACCUGGUACAGAGAAAGAUCGUUGUAGAUGAGGAAAAUGUGGCCUUGAAGAACGAGCUCUGCAUCUUACAACAGAAAUUUCAAGAUAAAAUCCAGGAACUUAAGGACACUAAGGAGUGUGCACUGAGAAAGGAUGAGCAAAGCAGACUGGUUAUAAAAAAUCUGGAGGAGGAAAAUGAGGGAUUAAGUACACGCUAUGCUGACCUGCUAAAUGACCUGGAGAAACUGAGGAAGCGGGAGGCACAAUGGAGAAUAGAAAAAUCUGGCAUCGAUGCAAAAAUAAAGAAUUUGGAGGCUGAUUUAACAGAGGCAAGGGGGCAAAUGGAAAUCUUACACAGUAGAUGCAAUGAUCUGGCAUCUCAGCUGGGUGUUAAACAGACUGAGCUAAGCCAAAAAGAUUUGGAUGUGGCCAGAGCUAGGAAGGAGUUGCAGGAGCUGCAGAAUCUCUACAAACAAAACACUGAACAUGCAGCACAGCAGGCAGAGCUGAUCCAGCAGCUUCAGGCUCUCAAUAUGGAUGCACAAAAAGUACUGAGAACUCAGGAAGAUGCUCACACAGCUGAAACAAUAUCAUAUCAGAAACUUUACAACGAAUUGACAAUAAGUUUUGAGAAACUUAAAGCAAGUGAGAUUCAGCUUCGGCAAGGUCAGGCUUCUCUCAAGAAUCAACUAGUUGAAAAAGAACAACAUAUCAGUCAACUGGAAGAGCAACUUCAACAGGCCCUCAGUUCUGUGUCUUCACUACCUCCUGAAACGUAUCUAAACCAGAGAAGAAAGGAAUUCCAGCAGUAUUCUUUAAGUGAGCUACAGUAUCUCAUAACAUCACAAAAGUCUGAAAUAAAGCUUUUGCAAGAAAAAUUGAAAAGAGCAAAUUGUACACUAGCAGAUCAUAGCCUUUGCAGUAGAGAUUUCUUGGAUUGCAUCAGUGCUAGGGCUGGGAGGAAAUACAAGGAACCACCUGUGAAACGUUCAAGGUCUCUGUCCCCAAAGAGCUUUUUGAGAGAGUCAGAGGAACUGAGGAAGCUUAAAAUAGCUGAAAGGAAGAGUAAAAACUUAGAAAAGACACUACAGCUAAAGAUCCAAGAAAAUGAUGAGCUGAGACAAGCGCAUGAAAAACGCAGAAAAAGGCUGCAGAUGUUACAGACCAACUACAGAGCAGUAAAAAAGCAAUUAAAGCAAUGGGAGGAAAGCUAUAGCAAGCCUGGAAGCAGUAAAAGUGGAAAGGAGCGUUUGGGUCCCCAUCAUCUCUGCCACGAAGAUUCUGAUGCUGUGUGGAAUGAGCUGGCACAUUUCAAAAAGGAACACAAAAAGCUACUGAUUGAAAAACUAAAUUUAGAGGAGGAAUUGGAUCAGAUGAAAGUGCAUGCAUCUAGGGAUAAAGCUACAAUACAAGAACUGAAUAUGUGUCUGCAACAAGAAAGAGAAGAGCUGCUCUUUAGACUUGGUGAAGAGAAUGGGGUCAAAAACAGUACGCCAAAGAAGGAUGUGAAAGAAAUAUCAGCACAGACAUUACAGAAGGUUUCGCAACUGGAAAGAAGGCUAAAGGGUUUUGAGAAAGAAUCAAGGAAGUUGAAGGAAGUUAAUAAAGGGUUAACUAAGGAUAAUCACGAUCUGAAAGCAUUGCUUAAACAGCACAGAGAUGAAGCAGAGACCAGUGAGAAGGAGCUGGAGAUGCUACUGCAAAAGAUCACAGAAAUAAAGGAGGACAAAGCAGAGCUUCAGUUAAUGAUAGAUGGGAUGGAGAGAGAGGUCACCUCUCUGAAGAGACAAGUGGCAGAAGCGAACUCAUUGAGAAAGGAAAAUGAGGAUCUGCUGAGUCAAGUGAAGCAAUUGCAGAGUUCAGUGGACAGAGCCAGGAUAGUGGGUUCUGUGGCCACAGCGGAGGCCACCUGUGGCCAAUGUCGAUGUAAGAGUACAAGUGCCAAAGUUAAGUUGAAGAAAAAGGGCUUAGCGGAACACCACCAGUCUCUUCUCAAUCAGUCCAUCAAGGUUAUGAGCGGUGUAUUUGAGAACUUCAGUAAGGACGGCUGGGAGGAUAUGAGUGAAAGCAGUGACUCUGAAAUACCGACUCCUGAAAACCUGGGAACAAAAACAAAACAGCAAAUUCCACUGACAAACAAAAAUGAUCAGGAAGAACAAAAUAAGGUGGAAGAUAAUGAAAUACCUCCAAAUAUUAUGCAUUUAGAAGGAAAAAUCAAAUUAUGUCAUAAAAAGCAAAACAGAGAUGCAGGCAUAGCUCCUUUCCAAAGGAACAAGACCAUAAAUUCAGCACCCAUCCCUGUUAAAGUCAACAGAGAGAAGAGGAGAGGGAUCGUUGUCCAGAAACCUGGCUGCUCCAUUUCACUCUGGGGACGGAUUACAUCCUUGCAGCAGCAGUUAGCUAUUUCACAAAAUUCAAAAAGGACAGCAGUGUCAUCUCUCAAAAAGUCCAAGGAAGCAAAUAAAAAAUUAACAUCUCAGCUGCAUGUAACCAAACAAAGACUCCAGGCCAGCAAGCAAACUGUUCAGACCCUGAUGUCCAACCUGACUGAGCUGCAGCGAGAAAAAUCAGAUUUGCAAGGAAAAUUGGACCACCUGACCCAAUCUACCAAACUGAGAGAGGGCCUGUGUCCUGUGACAUCUGGCCAUACUGGAACGACACCAGCAACUCCACUAAAGAAUGUUGAUUUGGAAAUGAAGCAGCUGCAGUAUAAACUGAAGAAUGCAAAUAAUGAAAUCACUAAACAUUCAUCAACCAUUAAAUCUUUGAAAUAUGAAGUCCAAGGAAAAGAAGAACAGAUGCGGGAACUACAGGAAAAGAUUUCUCGAAUGGAGAGAGACAUAAGUAUGAAAAGGCAUUUAAUAGAAGAUUGGAGACUGCGUAUGAAAACAAAUCAGGAAAAGGAGAAAAGCUUUAAUGAAACAUUGCAAACUCUUGAAGAAAAGGUAAAAACAUUGACUGAAGAUUGCUCAAACAAAAAAACAUCAAUUGAUUCACUAAAGCAAAGGCUUAAUGUAGCUACGAAAGAAAAGUCACAGUAUGAGCAGAUGUAUCGCAAGGCUAAAGAGGAAUUAGAGAAAAAGGAGCUUAAGCUUGCCAAUCUUGAAGGCAAAAUGGCUGAGGCUGAGUGUGCCAUGACUGAACUUGAAAGUACUGCCUCUCAACAACUCCAUGGCUUGGCAAGGCAAAGUGAACAGGCCCUCGAAGUAGUGCAGAAGAAGUUGAUGAUGUCCAAUGAUAAAGUGGAAGAGUUCGUUACCUUUGUGAAGACAUUGGCCACUGAGUUACAGCACAACGUGAAAGAGAUGAGAACACAAAUCAGAUGUACUAAAAAAAUGCAACAAGAGAAAAAAUGUGGCGGCAGCAUUUCCAAAGAGUCUAUUCACCGGGCCCAAUACUUGGCAGCAUCUAUUCUUAAUAUUUCGAAGACUGAUUUAGAUGAUAUACUUGAUGUUGAAGAAGAUGAAGAAACGGAACAGAUGAAACUGGAAUAUGAAAGUGAUAAAGAAUGGAUGUGCUACUUACAGAAGCUUCUUGAAGGACAGUUUCCUUUUGCUUCGUAUUUAAUGGAUGCAGUGGUGGAAAAACUAAAUGAGCAGAAGAAGCUGGCAGAAGAAUACAGUUCUCUUAUGAAACAAAUGACCUAGGGGUGCUGGGGAAGUGGAUUUUGAGAAAGAAGAGGGGUCUCUUAUUUUGCACGUUGACUUUGUCUCUUUGCUGUAGCCUUCUCCAACCUGGCACCCUCCAGAUGUGUUGAAGUGUAAUUCCCAAUGUCCAGGGAUGGUGGGAAUUCUGGAGGGCGCCAGCUUGAGGAAAGCUGGCUUAUAGCAGCAGCAGCAGCAGCAGACUCACCACUUAUGGGAGCAGGUUGGGUUUUUUUGUUUUUUGCUGUAUUUACGUAGAAUUACAUCACGUACAAAAAGGAGAUUCACAUCUUCAAACAUGCAGUAAAAACACGCCAGCGUGAAUGUGGCAAGCUUGCCUGUCAUUGUAAAGCAGCCCUUGGUAAAAACAAAAAGAAAAAUGUAUGCACUGUUGCUGUCCAUGAGAAUUUCUUCUGAAUUAACAAGUAUAAAAUUUUACUGUAGA